CGGAAGCGGAAGCGGCGGCUCGGUGCGGUGAUGGCGCGGGAGAAGCAGCCGGAGGCGGUGGGGGAUGCGGAGGGAGCGCCCGGGCGCUCCUACCAGGAGCAGCUCGACUUUCUGAACGCCAUCGCUCAGCCGCUCGCCUCCCGCAAGCUGACGCGCAGGCUCUAUAAGUGCAUCAGGAAAGCGGCCAAGCACAAGCAGAUCCGCCGGGGUGUGAAGGAGGUCCAGAAGUUUAUCAACAAGGGGGAGAAGGGGAUCACGGUGCUGGCUGGCGACACGCAGCCCAUCGACGUGUACUGCCACAUCCCCAUCAUGUGCGAGGACAGGAGCCUCCCUUACGCGUACGUCCCGUCCAAAUCGGACCUGGGAGCCGCAGCCGGCUCGAAGCGCCCGACCUGUGUGAUCCUGGUCAAGCCCCACGAGGAGUACCAGGAGACCUACCAGGAGUGCCUGGCCGAGGUGGAGGCUCUGCCGCUGCCGCUGUGAAGGGCCGGGGGCGAGGGGGCGGCGGGUCCUCGGCUCCUUGUUGGCGGGGACGCAGCCGGGGGGCUGGUGAGCGCGGUGAGGGUGAAUAAAGGUGUCUGUGGCGUUCGUA